AUGAUCCUGUGUUGUGUUUGCCAUUCAAAUAGUAUUGAUGUGAACACGAGUUCGGGUUCAGUGAGGGGUCAGACACUCCAUGUCUUGAAUCGCAAAAUACACCAAUUCUUGAAUAUACCCUACGCUGAGCCACCUUUAGGCCCACUCAGGUUCGCCCCUCCCGUACCUCUCAAAGCCCCCAAAAAGAUUUUAAUAAACAGCACAAAACUUGGCAAUCAUUGUAUUCAAGACACCAUAUAUGUACCUAAAUAUCAAAUAGAUAUGUCGAAUAACAUAGCAAUUAGUGAAGACUGUCUGGUAUUGAAUAUAUGGACACCAAAUGUGGCCAAUAGUAGUGAUACUGAAAGGAAAUGGGGUCUCAAACCAGUUAUGUUCUCGAUAUAUAGCGGAGGAUUUAUUUUGGGGUCAAUAUUUAAAAACGUGUACAACGGCUCAGUGUUGGCCACCAAUGAUGUUGUUUUUGUGUCGGCUAACUAUAGGGUCGGGCCGUUAGGCUUCCUAUACAGCGGCGAUAAGACAGCGUCGGGAAAUGCGGGUCUUUAUGACCAGUUAUUGGCUCUCAAAUGGGUUAGAGAAAACAUACGCCACUUCGGCGGUGAUAAGAAUCAGAUUACUAUAUUUGGUUACAGCUCUGGCAGUGUGUCGGUGUCGGCACACAUACUCUCCCCGUUAUCUAAGGGACUGUUUAAGAGGGCUAUUAUGCAGAGCGGGUCCGUUAUGUACAACAGAGACCGACCGGUGCUGAGCGCUGUCGAAGCCCUGAAAGCGGCCAAACAGUUGGCCCAACGUUUAAAUUGCGGUGAAUUUGACAACAAAUGGUUGGACUGUUUGCGUGCAAUAGAGGACACGAACCACUUUAUUGUAUGGCCUAAUGGUAGUCAACUCCUAUGGCAACACCCGAUGCUUGUUAUAAACAUUGAAGUGAUGACCGGCGUAACCAAAGACGAGGGCAAUGCUCUGUCGUAUUUACGAAUACCGGAAAUGAAUGCAAAACUCACUGAACAACUGUUCCGGAAAGCGGUCACCGAUUUGAGCGGCGAAUAUCAUAACAUAGAUGUGGACAAAGUGUGCGAUCAUUAUCUCAAUGGUGUCCACACAACCAAUUCAUCGCAAUUGAAGGCAGCGUUGAGUGCAUUGUAUGGCGAUUUGGAGUUCACGUGCCCUACAUAUCACUUCGCCAAGAGUUUGGCCACAAGAUGCCAGAGAAUGGCCACAAAUGUGUAUUUUUAUCGUUUUAAUUUUCAAACCAAACUGACGUCCCUUCAGAGAAACUGUGCGGAUGGACACGUAUGUCACGCCGCGGAAGUUGAUCUCGUUUAUGGCCAACCAUUAAGAUAUCCAUCGCUUUACAGCAAAACUGAAUAUAACUUUAGUAUAGAUGUGAUGAAAAUAUGGACCAAUUUUGCAAAGACUGGCAAAGCACAUGAAGUUUGGCCACAAUUUUGGGACAAAUCUGUGAUUCGUGUGAAAGACUUGAAUCCCAACGAUAUGUCACUUAUUCUCGACAAUCCAUACGAGAGUACAUGUGAUGGCAUUUGGAAUGCCGAGAAUCGCUGUCAACAGAUUCGGUGGCCAAUGGUUGGCCAACGAGGUGUCGUGUGGUCUAUGGCCCAACAAUUGGCCCGAAAGAACACCGCAACUAAGAUCCUCUUUUUUCAAAUGAGCGGAAUCACUGUUCGACGGUUUCACAAACUGAUGGUCUCGUUGGCCCAACAGCUCACCAGCCAUAAGAACCUCUGUGUUAACACACAAACCAUCGAUGACUUGUAUCAGAUCGCGAAAUGUGCCGGCAAUUAA